AUGGCGAAAGAGGUAGCACUUGCACUUGGAUAUGUGAACGCGACCAAAGCUGUUACCAUGCACACGGAUGUUCGAUCCAGGAUUCAGUACAGAAAUAUGGAAGAUGCCCAUUUUGGGCAUCUUGCCACAAUGCAUCCUGAUACGAUAUUUAUCACCGAAUCUGGUAUUUACGAUCUUGUAUUUGGUUCAAAAUUACCCGCCGCUAAGGAAUUCAGAUGGUGGGUUGUAAGCGAUGUUCUUCCAUCCAUUCGGAAAACAGGAAGGUAUGCACUACCCGGUGUUAUGGAAGCUAUCGAUAACGUUAAGGAUGAAAAAUUACGUCAACUUUCCGAGAAAGAACGGAAAGAAGGACGUACCAAACUAAGACAUAAAAGUAAUAUUGUAAAAGAUCCAAAAGCAGUUUUACAUGGAAGGAAAGGUGGAUUAGUCGCGCAGGAAAAUAUUAGACAGACCAGAAAAGAUCUGGAAAGAAAAGAAUCUCAAGUUUGCGAUCAGGGAAAAGAAAUUACUGAACUCAGAGAAAAAGUAUUAUACCUACUAGCUGAAAUAGACGAACUCGAAGACGAGAACGAAAAACUCUAG